AUGAAUGUUUCUCCAUCGAAACCAGAGUUCAAAAUCGUUUUUGUUGGAGACUCAUCAGUCGGGAAAACAAGUAUUAUUGUAAGAUAUUCCAAUAAUUUAUUUUCUUCGGAUAAUCAACCUACAAUUGGUGCUGCUUUCGUUUCAAAAGAGGUUACAUCCCCAUAUGGACAGGCCAUUCUUCAUAUUUGGGAUACAGCUGGUCAGGAGAGAUAUAGAAGCUUAGUUCCAAUGUAUUCCAGGGGUUCAUCAAUCGCAAUUAUCGUUUUCGAUACAUCCGAUGAAGACGGAUUUACAUCAGUGGAAGACUGGAUAGCAAAAGUCAAGGAAGAUGUUACACCAGAAUGUAAAAUUAUAGUUGUCGGAAAUAAGUUAGAUCUCGAGCCAAGAUUUAAUAGAGAAUACGUCGAUGAUUGGUCAAAGAAAAACGAUAUUCCUGUAGUUUACGCUUCGGCCAAAUCAGGUCAAGGCAUUGAUUUGAUCUUUCAGACUGUUGUUUCGGCUCUACCACAGGCUAAAUUUGUUCUUAGCGGUCAAGAUGUGGAUAUUGAAAACAAUAAAAAAGAAAAGAAAUCAUGUUGCUAA